AUGACGGCCAGCGAGGAGUGCAGAGCUGGCAGCAGUGGUGCCCCCCCGGGGGAGUUGGUGCUGGGCAGCCAGGAGGAUCCCGGAGGCCCUGGGCUGCUCGGCUCAGCGGACCUGGGGGCAGUCCAGAAGACAGCCUUGAUCUUGCUGCUGCGUGUCUCUGGUGGCCUUUGGGGGCUGGGGAAGCCAUCACACCACCCUCUCCGAUAGCUGCUGCUUCACCUGGCCUCCCUGCAGCUGGACCUGCUGCUCAAGGGGGUCCGCCAUCUGGUCGAGGAACUGUGGCACGUCCACUCCAGCUGGCUCCCUAUGGGGCACCCAUGGCGACUGGGAACCCAAAUGGGUUCAGCAAUAGCAGGGAGGGGAGCAAGUAGGCAGCAGUUUGGGAAAUCUUGGAGGAGGAGGACUCUGGUUGUUUUACCUGGAGGCCCCCAGCCCCACCCUGCUGUCCAGGGUCCGGCCCCAGCUGAGGUCUCCACAGUGAGAGAAAGGAACUUCAGCGUGGCCCACGGGCUGGCAUGGUCAUAUUACAUCAGGUUCCUGCAGAUGAUCCUGCCGGGGCUCCAGGCUCAGAUGCAAACUUAAAAUAGUCUCCCCCAAAACAUACUAUGGGGGCAAGGAGCAUUGGCUGCAAUCCUCGUCCCACUGCACUGUGGGGUACCUGACGAUCUGAGUGCGGCUGGCCUCAACAUUUGUUUCCUGCAUGAGAUGCCCCAGCAAAGCUUCGGCCGUGCUGGCAUCAAGGCAGUUUACAGCAAUAGCAUCUAUGAGCUUCUGAGACCAAGCAAUAACCUGUGUCCUGGAGUGUGCCAGCCCUGGCAGACCCUGUUUGCCAUGUCACGUGGCCAGGCUGGCUUUAGUUAGCAGGAUCGGCUUGAGCAGGCCAAACUCUUCUGCCGGACAUUUGAAGACAUGUGGCUGGCAGAUGCCCCUGAGUCUUGGAACAGCUGCCACCUCGUCUACCAGGAAGAGGGAAGCAGCUUCUCCCUGUCACCACAGACCCUCCAGCACCUGUGGCAGGAGGACGGGGAGGUCCCUGUGGGCAGCGUGGAGACCUCGGUAGUGCCCAGUUCCUCCGCGUUGUCCCAAGAGCCAUAGCUCAUCAGUAGCAUGGAACAGCCUCUCCCGCUCUGCAGAGAUGUCUUCUGAAGCCCAGGGUCCCCUAGCUGAGCCCCCAGCAA